ACAAAUUUCAAAUCAGUUCGGAGUUCCAUCUGUACGAAUGAUGUGGUUGCAGUGGCUGAUCUGGGUGUUGAUCCCACUCCAAGUGGCUAAGGCCACCAAGUGGUUCGCCGGGGGACUGGACUUCAGCCACCCCUCCGCCUGGAUAGAUGAGCACAUGCCCUGUGCCCAGGACGUGGUCGUGUUCCCGGAAUAUUAUCCAGCCCUGCUGCCCUUGCCCGAGGAAGUGUCCAUUGACGGCUUGGUUUUCCCCAGGGAGGGGGCGGUUCUCCUGGCCGAGGAGUCCAUCAUCAACUUCGGCUCGAAGAGGAACGUCGCCUGUGAGAGCGAGGAGAAGAGAGCCUAUUUGAAGCCGCCAAAGUCGAGUAAGUGGUUUGAUCCCGGCACCUGGACGGAAAAGUCCAAAAAGGACUCGACCCAGUACAUACCAGAGCUCGAGAGGAUUCCCUGCGAUAACGAGCAGGUCAUAAUCAAUGGCCACGGGGCACUGGCGUUCGACCUGGAAAAUGUCCAGCACCUGAGAGUGGGGCAGCUCAUCCUGGCCGGCUCCUCGGUUUCCAAAACCUAUUUGGAGCAGCUCAUCACCAGGGACUUGGGGCAGUUCCUCUUUCACAACGCCCAGGAUGUCCAGGUGGAGUACUACAGGGGAGAGCUGUGCGGCUGCCACAAGGACUUCGACAAGUUGGUGGAGCCCGUGUGCCACAACGUCCAGGAGCAGUGCGAGACGCCCCAUUGCCUGUCGCCAGUGCGACCCUUUGGGUCCUGCUGCCUCAUUUGCGGGGCCACUCUGACCACGCCCAUGACUCACUGCAGCGAGAGCAGCAGGAAGGCGAUGGCAGAUAAGGUAAACAAGCUCAUCGACCAGCAGAAGCUGGGGGAUCAGAUCGACCUGCAGGUGCACUUCGUGGGCUCCCAGCAGUUCAGCAACUUCCUGCAGGCCAUAGUGACGGAUCGCCAGAAGUACAGCGAACGGAGCAUGGAGUUCCUACAGCAGCAACUCGACUACUGGAAGAAAACCAACACGACCCUGAAGGUCUCCGGACGACCCUACAACCCGAACGUGAGCUUCUCCUCGAUCGUGCUGAUCCUCUUCUGCAUGGCUCUGGUGGGGCUGGUGUCCGUGGUCAUCUUGGCCCACUUCAUGCCGGAGAAUCCCUACCUGAAUCGGAUUCCCCAGUGGAUCCACGACCCCCGCCGCUGGAGGUGGCGCCACUUGGGUGUGCGACUGCGCCGGAACCUCCUCUUCAACCGCUUCGACAACGGCGGAGCCGGUGGUGGCUCCUCGGAGGGAGGCCCCUCUGGUGUGGAUCGCCUGGGAAUAAUGGCCUACGACCCCGAGAGCGGCGAGGUGCGGGAACGGGCCUUCGACAAUCCCAUGUUCGAGCAGGGAGCAGCCAUGGAAGUGGCUGCCCAGGAGUCGCAGGAAGAGCAGGAAAUACUGGCUGCCCCCAAAAUGGAGACGGGAGACCUGGACGCCACCAGUGUGGUGGAUGAGCAGGAGCUGACCGAAAUUAACCUGGAGCCCUGCGGGUCGGAAACCAAUGAGGAGACAAUCUGAAAUAUACGACGUGCAUAUAUCAUUAAAACUUCUUUUUGUAGAAGUACAAAACACAUUCCCUGUUAUUAUCCUAUUUAUAUAAAAACGAAUUCCGUUCUAGCAAAUAAAAUAUGUACGGUUUAAUGGA